CAACACCUGGACCUCAGGUAAGCUCUCACACAUGAAUGUUUCCGUGUUCGAAAUGCUACCAUCAAGCCACAUGAAUGCAGCACACAAAUCCAGCUAAAGAUAUGACGAGAGUCUUUAGACUCACAGAUGCAAUCCUUUGCUUGAUUGAAGUCAGGAUGACACAAUCAGGUAAGAAAACAUUGCUUAAAACUCCAAGUGAAUGGUUAGAAAAAACAAUUGCAUGGAUUCCUGAUUACUGUAAAUAACAAACUCCAUGGUGAGGAGCACAUAUAUAGCUAAAACACCCCCUCCACGUUCCAAGAGGUUAGUGUAGAUCGAUCCACAUUCCACUGUUGUUCUUUAUGUCUUCUUUUCUUGGAACCUGCCAUGGUUCAUCUCCUUCAGGUCAGGAGCCAAGGGUCCCAAUAGAGGAGCCGGACACCAGCAGCAACACCUGGACCUCAGUCUUUAGGUGCGUCUGUAUUGGCCUGGUGUCCACCGUCCUGGGAGGUAUGCUGACAGGGCAUAUGGUCGUGGUCACCACUCAUAUCCUGGAGACUGUCGGAGAAGACGGGCCGCUGAUGGAGGCACUCAGUAACACACUGGCAAAUGACACCUAUGCCGGCCUCAGAGACACGCACCUGUCUUCAGCUGUUGCUCAUUUCAGUCUGAUUUUUUCUUUUUUGUUACUGGUUCUGGGGGUCUGGGUUGGAAAUUGCACAUACUUCGAGGUCAUUAAAUGGGAGGGGAUAUCCGAAAAACCCAAGGCCCUGAGUGUUGCUGGGUCUGUGUGUCUCCUGUGUAUAUCUGUGACAUUUUCCUUUCUGAGUUUCACUUUGAAGCAUUGGUUGUUGUUUAGUGAGAGGACUGUAGUUACCAACCAUUCAGCAAUUAUUUUUUUGACCCUCUUUCUUGGUUCUGGUAUUUUUCUCUUUCUGCAAUGCAACAAAAACAUUGCAUUUGUUGAGUUGAUGGAUUCAAUCUGGCAAAUUUCACCGGUGAUUAUUUCUGUACAUGCAUUAAGAACAAUGACGAGUUUGACUACUUUGAUCCCGAUUAAUAUACUAGCGGAUAUUUUCGGAAAAAAAUAUGCCCUCUGCUUAAACGUUUUACCAGUUCCAAUGAUGUUAAUGAUUGGUUAUUUCUUUGCCUUAUGCAAUAUCCGUGUGUUCGACCUGCAGACAGUAGCGUCCACAAAUACGACUGCUUUGGUACUGGAGGGCCUUUUCUUUGGACUCUGGACUACUCAGAUGUUCACUAUGACUGUCGCUAUGUCGUUAUUUGCUUCCUGGCAGACCGGUGGCGCAAACAAAAUGUGUGUUGGUGCUUUGAGUUCAGGUGCGGCUCUUUUGGGCAUCAUCCAGGAAAUGAUACCUGUACUGGAUCCAUGGCCCCUCCUGGGUGCUCUGAUGGGGGUGGCGGGGGCAGCAGGCCUGGCUCUGUCUGCAGGCAGGGCAGCAGCCGACCGCUAUGGACGGGCAGGAACGGUAGGGGCCGUACUGGGGGCCGGGGUGGGGGCGUUCGUGGGCACCUUGUCCCUUGGAGGGGUAUCAAGUACCUUUAUUGCUCUGAGUACUGCUCUCAUUCCUGCUUUAAACUACCCCGAAUUCUGUACACUUUUUAGAGAUUUACGCGAUUCUAUUUUAACUGUUGCUUGGCACCAUAUAUCAAGCCAGGAGGCAGCAAAUAGUCCAACCAUCCCCCGAAAACCUCCAGUGGCUUCCUGUAGAAGCUUGGAUCAGAUUGAAGAUGAUGGUACUGGCCUACAAGGCGGUCACGGCCCCUGCCCCCCUCCGCCGAUGCCUCAGUCCAACCUGUGA